GUGUUAUUCUUAGUAGUUGCGUGGUCGUCGCAAGUGUCGUCGCCGGCGUCGCAGUGUAAGCAUUAAAAGUUGUCGUGUAAAGAAUGCAAAUUAAACAGAUAAAUAAUCCAAAUAAUAAAAACAUGGCAAAGCCAGAAGUGGAAAUGCCGAAUAAAAGUUUAUAUUUGUCCAAAACAGUUAUUGAGGUUAAGUCAUUUUACAACAAACACUUUCCAACCGACCGAAAGACCUAUAAUUUAAGGGUUCCCUUUGUGGGAUUGAUACUCUCGAUUUGUACAGUGUACUUAUUGCCUCUAUGUGUCUUUAAACAUGAGGAAAUUAUUCUUCCACAAUGCCUCCUAAUAUUCAUCGCCAUAGGAGUAGGAUAUGAACUCUACUACGGUUUAAAAAUUGGAGACAGAAAACAAUUCACUCCAUGGAUCAUUUUAAAAGUUAUAGAACUUCUUUUCACGUUGGUAAUAAAUAUUUGGUUAAUGAUGGAUUUGUGGUUCUUCCUGCCAAUUGUAGUGUAUGCUUGGAUUUUAUUUGUACUAAAUGGCUUGGUUACUUACACCGUAAUAAAUAAAUCUUUUAAAAUGUUCCGUGGAUCUGGGAACAAAUCAAAUAUUCCUGAUGAAGAUAAUUUCGACGAUGGCGAUGUUUGCGAAGAUGUUUAACGAAAAUCUUAUAUGUACUUCAAACCUCAAAUAUUUUAAAGUAACUGUUAGGAUGUUUUAUUAAUAUGAAUACUAAAUAUAUAUGUCAGUGUUAAAGUUUCGAAUAUUUUAUAUUUAUAGUGUAAAUUUGCCUAUAAUAUGUAUAUAUAAUA